AUGAUUCUUGAAGACGAAGGAAGAGCGAUAUGUCGGUACAACGAAAAUGAAGUUUUGCCAAAUGUUGAAGGAGUAGCGGUUGGUACACAAGAGUAUAGGGCGAAUAGAGGAGAAGUACACAAUCACGUCAUUCAUCACGCCAUUCGUGCUGAUUUGGUGGAGCACCUUUAUAGGGCUCAUAUUCAGCCCCCGAUAGAGUUUUCUCACGAUGAUUUGUUUGACGAAUCAGACGAGGAUUCUGAUAUGUUCGUCGAGAGCGAAGAUUUCGAGAGAAUGAUGAAGGUGAUGAGGUCAAUGAUGAUGAUGAUGAUUCUGAGUGACGUAUUUUGGUUUAUUUAA